AUGGUUUGAUACUGGUACCACCAAAUGCGAGCAGGAUGGGCUAUACACUCAAGUAGAGAACGGGUUAUGUGGGUUAUCCUCAAGAGCCAGAUAGAUAUUCGUUGGAAACCUAAAGAAGACGACCUCAGUUAAUCCCACUUCCGCGAUAAGAUGAUGAAUCAAGAGCUUCUUUCUCUGUCAUGGCGUCCUCUGUAUGUCCCCAUCUCUGUAGCCGUAGGAAAACCCAGCCCUUUUCUUCUCCGGGCAACUACAACAUCACUUGUUCUAACGCCCAAAGAGAAAAGGGACCUCAGGAACCUCAAGAGAGACGAAAAAAGAAGCUAUAAUUGGAGAGAGGAUGUGGAAGAGAAGCUGUUACAGAAGCCCAAGAAGCAGUUUAACUCAUGGAAGGAAGAACUCAACCUUGACAAACUAUCGGAAUUGGGUCCCCAAUGGUGGAUCCUCAAGGUCUCCAGGGCUAGAGGUAAAGAUACCGUUGAGCGGAUGCUGCAGGCCCUCCAUAAGAAUUAUCCUGAUGUCGAGUUCAAGGUAUUUGAUGCAGCUGUGUAUGAGAAAAGUAAGCUGAAGAACGGAAAGAUAUCAGUUAAACCAAAGCCUCUAUAUCCGGGGUGUGUGUUUAUACACUGCAUACUAAAUAGGGAACUCCACAAUUUCAUAAGAGAAGAUUGUGAAGGAGUUGGAGGAUUCGUUGGACGCAUGGUUGGAAAUACAAAACGACAGAUUAACAAACCGAGGCCCGUGUCCAAAGAUGACAUGGAAUCGAUAUUUGAAGAAGUAAAGGAAAAGCAGGAAGCGGCGGAUAGAGCUUUUGAAGAAGAGCAAGCAUCAUCGGUUUCACCUUCUGUUAAAAAAACAUCCGACAAGACAAAGAGUAGAAAACGGACUCUUUUAGGGUCUACUGUGCGAAUCGUGUCUGGAGAUUUUGUGGACUUUUCAGGCACUGUAAAGAAGCUCGAUAAAAAAAGAGGACUGGCGACUGUUGGGUUUACAUUAUUUGGAAAGGAAACUAUAGCAGAUUUAAAUCUUAGCGAGAUUGUACAAGAGCAGAAAUGAUGCGUAUGUAACAUUGGUAGGCAACGAUGAUGAUUGAAGAAACCAUCAGCUCUAGCCCUCGGUGAAUGAAUCUUUUGACAGUCUAAUUUACAUCAAUGGUAUUGUGUUGUUCAAUCAUAAAUAGAUCAUCAGUUAACAUUGUUUUUUAAAAGGCUUACCUUUAAUGUAGAAGGAAAGAAUUAUGAAACCACAGGGACUUGCCGUGUAAUUUGUAGAGUGAUUUAUCAUCGCCUUUUAAUGUUGGUAGAGUGAUUCACAUCAAGAUAAUCCCCAUGAAAUGCGUAUCGAUCUCUACAUACUUGUCGUUUAUUAUAUCAAAUUCUCAUGGGGAUCAUUUAGCUUGUCGUGUGUAAGUGUAACAAAAUGUUUAAGUUAAUUGAGUAUUGGAAUGUAGUAUUCAUGUCUAUGAA